AUGUCUGAUAAUGAAAUCCUUUCGGUACAUUUCGUGUCAGCAUUUGAUUUUAUUAGCAGUGAUUCAUUGAUAAAACUGUCAGAUGACAUAAAAUUAAAGCUUUAUGCCUAUUAUAAAACUGCCACGAUUGGCCCAUGCAAUACGCCGAAACCAUCUUUAUUUGAUUUUGUGGGACGAGCGAAAUGGGAUGCAUGGAAAUCAACCGGGAACAUGAGCCAAAAAGAAGCCAUGUUACGAUACAUUGAGGUGGUAGAGAAUGCAAAUGUAGGUUGGCGACGAGCAGGCGAAAAUGAUAGCGAGGAUUCUGACUAUGUUGAUGAUGAAAAUGAUGAAAAUGAUCAGAUAAAUCAAGACUCACGAGGAUUCGCCGUAUCUACUUUAUCCCACGUUGAAGAUGGAGAGGAGGAAAAAGUUUUGGAACCGAAUAUUUUUAGUUUUGCUAAGGAAGGCAAGAUUUCGGACAUAAUUAAAUUAUUAGACUCCACGGUAGUAGAUAUAAACGCGAAAGAUAAACAAGGAUUAACAGCAUUACAUUGGGCAAGUGAUAGCGGUCAACUAAAAGUCGUAGAAUUGUUGAUAGAAAGAGGGGCGGGCAUCAAUGCCCUGACAAAUGAGCAAGAGACGCCUUUACAUUACGCAUGUCUUUCCGAACAGUUAGAAGUUGCCAGGUAUCUUUAUCGGCAUGGGGCAAACACUACACUGCAAGAUGACGAGGGAAAGACCUCUUUCGAGAACUGUGAGCAAUCGUUCAGAGAAUUAGUGAUUAAGGAUGAAGAAAAAUAA